CAGUGAGUAUUGCAAUUUGCAAAAGUCUAUAAACGAAAACUAUCGUUAACCUAAAACUGAUAUUUGCGUCUGCUUGUGAAGCGUUUUAUUCAUUUUAUUAUACUUGAAUCGGUUUUAAAUGAGUGAUUCAGAAUUUUACAUACGUUAUUACGUUGGUCAUAAAGGUAAAUUUGGCCAUGAAUUUUUAGAAUUCGAAUUUCGACCUGAUGGUAAACUAAGGUAUGCCAAUAAUUCAAACUACAAAAAUGAUACGAUGAUUCGAAAAGAAGCAUAUGUACACAAUUCUGUUAUGGAAGAAUUAAAAAGAAUUAUCCACGAUUCAGAAAUAAUGCAAGAAGAUGAUGCGCAUUGGCCGCAACCUGAUCGAGUUGGUCGACAAGAACUGGAAAUUGUUAUUGGUGAUGAACAUAUUUCGUUUACAACAUCUAAAACUGGAUCACUUGUUGAUGUUAAUCAGUCGAAAGAUCCAGAAGGACUACGAUGCUUUUACUAUUUAGUACAAGAUUUGAAGUGCCUUGUGUUUUCCUUAAUCGGACUUCAUUUCAAAAUUAAACCCAUAUAAACGGUGUAUUUGUCAUUAUCAUUAUUACUCUUAAAAUAAUUUAAUUAUGCUUAUUCAUUUACUAUCGUUUUUAUUUCACGAAUUUUCUGUCUUGUAAUUUCUAUGUAACAGAAUAAUAAAUAUUUUUCCCGUAAA